AUGGGCGAUGCGCAUUAUCGCGCGCUAGGGGUGGAGGCGUCGGCGAGCGCGGCGGAGAUCAAGCGAGCGUUCGCGAAACGGGCGCGGGAGUGUCAUCCGGAUAAAGGCGGGAGCGCGGAGAGUUUUGCGGCGGUUCGAAAGGCGUACGAGUGCUUGAGCGAUGUCAAGGCGCGGUCGACGUACGAC